AACCACCUCGGUAGCUUGCUAGCCAACAUAGCCGAAAGAUUCAAGCUAUUUAUACGCUUUCGGUGGAUAUUAGCUACUGUGUUUUAGACACACUUCUGUCGUAUCUACUUGUUAACCUAUUUAAUUUAAUAUUACGUUAUUUUGUAUUAGUCAGCUAUAGUAGCUUGCUGGUUAAGUUAGCACUAGCCUUGUCGUUAAUGAUAGCUAGCUAACUAACAUCCCGGAACAUGAGCUCCCUAAACUACUCUCCUCCUGUUAAAGAAGAGGAGGUCUGCUGGACGGAGAAAGAAGCUCUGGGGCUGAACAUUGUCGUGAAAGAGGAGAAGGAAGAGGAGGAUGUCACAGUUAAACAAGAAGUAGAGGGUGAUGCUGUUACAGUGAAAGAGGAAGAUGCGUUCAGAGUGAAAGAGGAGGAUGUUACAGUAAAAGAAGAGGAGGAAGAGAAAGACGAGGAUGCAGUUUUUGGAGUGAAGAAGGAAGGGGAGAUUACUGUCACAUUGAAAGAUGAAGAUGAUGAAGAGGAUGAGAUAGGAGAUCUGAUUAAAACCAGAGAGAGACGGGACUAUUGUGGAUCCUCUGGGGAGCCUCAACAACAUCACGAAGCAGAGCAGAGUCUCUCCACAUCAAAACAUCUCAAGAAACACCUGCAGAGAUCCACAGGGAAGACAUCUCACUGCUGCUCUGACUGUGGGAAGAGUUACUCAAGAUCAGAUUCACUUAAACUACACCAGAGAAUUCACACAGGUGAUAAAUCUCACUGCUGCUCUGAUUGUGGGAAAUGUUGCAAAUCUUCAUCAGAACUUAAAAUACAUCUGAGAAAUCACACAGGAGAAAAACCUUACUGCUGCUCUGACUGUGGGAAACAUUUCUCAAGAUCAGAUUCACUAAAACUGCACCAGAGAAUUCACACAGGUGAUACAUCUCACUGCUGCUCUGAUUGUGGGAAAUGUUGCAAAUCUUCAUCAGAACUUAUUAUACAUCUGAGAAAUCACACGGGAGAGAAACCUUACUGCUGCUCUGACUGCGGGAAAUGUUUCUCAAGAUCAGAUUCACUAAAAGUUCACCUGAGAAUACACACUGGAGGGAAAUCUCACUGCUGCUCUGAAUGUGGGAAGAGAUUCAACUCUUCAGUAGACCUUAAAAUGCAUCAAAGAAUUCACACAGGAGAGAAGCCUUUUGGCUGUGAUCACUGUGGGAAUAGUUUUACUCAGCAAAGCAACCUAAAAUCACACCAGAGAAUACACACAGGAGAGAAACCUUAUGGCUGUGAUCAAUGUGGAAAGCGUUUUUCUCAGCAAAGCAACCUGAAAUCACACCAGAGAAUACACACUGGGGAAAAACCUUAUGGCUGUGAUCAAUGUGGGAAGAGUUUUACUUUGUCAAGCUGCCUGAUAGUGCACCAGAGAACACACACUGGAGAGAAACCUUUUAGCUGUGAUCAAUGUGGGAAAUGUUUUGUUACAUCUGGCAAUCUGAUUGUACACCAGAGAACACACACAGGAGAGAAACCUUAUAGCUGUAAUCAAUGUGGGAAGAGUUUUACUCAGUCAAGCAGCCUAAUAGUACAUGAGAGAACACACACACAGUAGAGAAGCUUCACCACUGUUCAGAUUGUGGGAAAAGCUUUUCAACAUCAAACACUUUGAAGCUGCACCAGAGAACACACACAGGAGAAAAAUCUUAUAGCUGUAAUCAAUAUGUGAAUGGUGUUACUUGGCUAAACAGCCUGGUAUCACACUAGAGAACACACACAGGAGAGAAAUCUCUUAGCUGUGGUGAAUGUGACAAGAGAUGCUCUGAUAAAAGAUCUCUGAUCCAACAUCAGAAAAUACUUGAAGGAGAUGUUUCAUGAUAUCAAUGAAAUAAUGUCACAAUCUUGAAUUUGUUUAACUAUUAGCCUUGUAUUUUAAUGAUGUCACAAUGCAGAAUGUUUUAAGUAUCAUCUAUUGCUAUUAGCCUCACGGGAAAAUUCAGGCUCUGAAUUGAAAGAGUACUAUUUAUAUGAUUUAACAGGAAGUGACUAACAAAAAAAGUGUUCCGUUACACUUACCACGUUGGCGACCAUCUUGAAUCAAAAUGUAGCUAGCUGUUUUCUACACAUUGGCCUCUAACCAGGGACGUUCCAAUUAUUCCCAGAUUCCGUGUGGUUUUUGAGCUGUUAGUUUUAACAGGACGUGCAACCUCAUCUCCCUCCUCUCGGCACAAUUGAUUUCAACAUGAUAUUGAUGAGUUAUGACCAAUAAGUGUUGCGUUCCUUUGUUCAGCGACCCCUACAUUUAAAUGCAUCACUCCCAAAUAUAGCUGACUGUCUUCUGCAGGUUGUCCUCUAACCAGUGAGGUAAAAGAUAUCUCCCAUUUCCAUGUAUUUUUUUUUAGUUUCAACAGCACCUACAACCUAAUUUCCCCCCUAAUCGAUAUCAGUGACUUAUUGCUACUUGUCAAAACAACAGCGUUUUUGGUGCUUGUGCAGUUUAUAAGGAGCUAGUUUAAAUAAAUACAAGUAAUACGAUUAUUGUGGCAGAUGUUUGUGUAUAUAGCACAUUUUACGUUUAGGUUUUGAAUAUAUCACAAACUGUUUCAAACUGUGUUUUGACAUUGGGCUAUCCCACCUAGUAAAAUGUAGUUUUUUCAAUGACUUGAAAACAACUUAAUUUCAACGUACUUGCAGCCUAUACACAUGGACACAGUGUAAUAAAUUGGUCUAUAAUCAAUUUUAUUAACAAUCCUCCAGUAUUUCUUGACAACAUUUAAAUGCUAAUUGUCUUUAUUCCACUACUGAAGAAGCAUGACUCAAAUCACCUCAUAUUUCAAACAUCCAGCCUGACAAAAUAUACAUGUUUUAUUAUUUCAUUCCUCACCACUAAUUGAAUUAUUGCCAAUACAUAUUAACAAAUGGGUGUACAUUUAGUGUUCAUAUUUACAUUUAGUAAUCAUAAUUAUUUAUACGACCAACAGACAAUUUUUGGGUACAAUUAUAUUGACAUUGUUAUCCUGCUUUUAUAAUAUCAGGGUUCAUUCUCAGAUGUGCCAACCCAAAUGUACUAGAGCAUGAUAUUGGGGACUGGGCCCAGAUCCAACAACAUGCCUACCUCGUGAACCCUGAAAAGAGAGAGAAGCUCCACGGUGAGGUGGAAAAUUACUACAGAUAUUGCAUGAGUUUCCUCUUGAAAUCAGAUAUGUCCGUGGACAACUUGGUUGUUGAUUGUCUUCAGGGGGGUGUAGUCAAAACGUUUUGUGUUUAGCAUGUGCGUUGCCAUGGAUCACAAUUUAUUUUGACUGCAAGUUUUUCCAUAUUGGAGAUGAUUUUUGUUUGAGCUCGUUCCAAGGGGACGAGAGUUCUAGAAGCUAGUGGAGUUUUUUUCAAAAUUAGAUUUAGGAUUCUAUAGAAAGAAAAAGGUCAGAAAUAAUACUAUAGUAUUUUAUUAUUUAGAAAUACAUUUUAUUGUUUUUAAUUGUUGACAGCCAGUCGACACCAUGUUAAUAUUGUAGAAGGUGAAGCAUUGUAGUUGAUUAUAAUGUGAAAUGGAAGUUGUUUUCUGUUGGUGUGCAAACCUUUCCAUCAAAAAUGUAGGAUAUAUUUGUUAUUGUCUUAAGGGGGAAGGUGUUACUGGCUUUGGUUUUUCCAUUUAUGUUUUGGGGUUGGACUUUAGCACAUCUAGUUUGUUAGCACAUUUCGCUCAUUAGCACGUAGGGCGCACUGAUUGGUGUCACCUCGUUAGUCAGUAUGUGUUACACCGGUUCUUUUGUUUGCCUCUUCUUGGGCAUAUUUAGUGGGUCUCAUGGUGGGGGACUUUAAUGUCCCAGUUGUUAUUACUAGUCAACUUUCAGUGGACACUGAAUGCAAAAAUUGCAAGAUUAUGUUAUAAUACUUUUAUUGCAUCAAAUGGUUGUUUUAUGCAACAGAAUAGAGGGUUCUUAUAACUAUUGUGCCUGUGUUCUACUGAGGAUGGGCCUCUGGGAGAAAACACUGACAGGAGAUUUACAAUGUCUUUUGGGUGAUAAAACCUAAAGAGACCACAUUCCAGAGCAUGAGUUAAUAUUCAAUAUGGUACCAGGGAGAGAUGAUCCCAGGGCCAGACCCCUGGUCUCUACACAAAGAGUAAUGUUUUUAUAGCAGAUACUGUCUGCUGAGAAUUUAACUCUUUCAUACAAAUCUUAACCUUGUGACCCGUUCUAUACAUCUGUUGUUCGUGUAGGUUGAAAGGGGUGUUUCUUGGCUGUAAAAGACCUUUGUACUGUCAUCUGGGGGUGAUUCGUCAACCAGCCAUCAUUAUCGCAGAGCACUCAAUUGAUUCACUUUAUAUGUGUGCGUUGUAUUGCCC